GUGUGUACACCGCCGCGGUGAUGCGCCCCGCCGCCGGUAUCCCUGCGCCGCAGGAGCCGCGGCGGCGGCGGGGGGCGUGCCGCCGGCGGGAGAGAGGCGGGGCGAAGCGCGGCGGCGCCUGGCCAUUGGGCGGCGGGCGGGCAGACGCGGCGGCACGCCGGCGGCGCUGAUUGGGCGGCCGGUGGGAAAGGUUAAACCAAAAAAUUUUUUACAGCCCCGGUGCGUGUCUGCAGCUCUGAAACUAAUUGUGGCCGGGGCGCUCUGUAUAGCCCGGCUCCGCUCGCUCCGCGCCGACCCGCCGCGGCUGCUCCGUCCUUCCUUCCUUCCUUCCGUCCUUCCUUCCGUCCGUCCUCCCCCUGCUCUGGCUUGCCGGGGGAGCCAGGCACCAUGAAGUAGCUUUUUUUUUUUUUUUUUUUUUUUGUUGGGGGGGGGGUUUUUUUUUUUUUUUUGUGGGGUUCCCGGGGGGUUUUUUCCCUUUUUUUUUCUUUUUUUUUUUUUUUUUUUUUUUUUUUUCUUCCUCUCCUCCGCUCCGACUCGGUUUGAUUUUCUCUGAUUGGUGAUUAUUAUUCCUAUUAUUUUUUUUUCCCUCCCCGGCGGUUCCUGUCCCUGCUACAUGACUUGCCAGCGCUUGAGACUGCGGUCCAACUGCGCUGCCGCCGCCGCUGCCGUCGCCGCCGCCGCCGCCGGUGGUGCCGCCGCCGCCAGCCCGGCCGCCGCCGCCCCGGGCGCCGCUCCCCCGGCCGCUGCCGCUUCCCCCCUGAGACUAGUGUGUGAUGUUGGACAUGGGAGAUAGGAAGGAAGCGAAAAUGCUGCCGAAAUCCUCCUUUAGCAUAAACAGCCUGGUGCCCGAAGCCGUCCAGAGCGACAACAACCACAGCAGCCACAGCCACCACAACAGCCACCACCCCCACCACCACCACCACCAUCACCAUCACCACCACCACCCGCCGCAGCAGCAGCCCCAGCGAGCCGCCGCGGCCGAGGAGGAGGACGAGGAGAAGGGGCAGCUCCUGCUGCCGCCCCCCGCCGCCGCCGCCUCCGGCGCCCUGGAGGUGGCCAAGGCGGAGAUGCUGGCCGGCAAGGGCGAGGCGGGCGCGGCGGCGGCGGCGGUGGAGCUGGAGGAGAAGGAGAAGGCGGCGGACGAGAAGAAGGGGGCGGCGGAGGGGGGCAAGGAAGGGGAGAGCGGCAAGGAGGGCGAGAAGAAGAACGGCAAGUACGAGAAGCCGCCGUUCAGCUACAACGCCCUCAUCAUGAUGGCCAUCCGGCAGAGCCCCGAGAAGCGCCUGACGCUCAAUGGCAUCUACGAGUUCAUCAUGAAGAACUUUCCCUACUACCGGGAGAACAAGCAGGGCUGGCAGAACUCCAUCCGCCACAACCUCUCCCUCAAUAAGUGCUUCGUCAAGGUGCCCCGCCACUACGACGACCCGGGCAAGGGAAACUACUGGAUGCUGGACCCGUCCAGCGACGACGUCUUCAUCGGCGGCACCACCGGCAAGCUCCGCCGGCGCUCCACCACCUCGCGGGCCAAGCUGGCCUUCAAGCGCGGCGCCCGCCUCACCUCUACCGGACUGACUUUCAUGGACAGGGCGGGAUCCUUGUACUGGCCUAUGUCCCCCUUCCUCUCCCUGCACCACCCCCGGGCCAGCAGCACUUUGAGUUACAAUGGGACCACGUCCGCCUACCCCAGCCACCCCAUGCCCUACAGCUCAGUGUUGACUCAAAACUCCUUGGGAAACAACCACUCCUUUUCCACGUCUAAUGGGUUAAGUGUUGAUAGACUAGUCAAUGGAGAGAUACCUUAUGCCACUCAUCACCUCACAGCAGCAGCUCUGGCUGCCUCAGUGCCGUGUGGCUUGUCAGUUCCCUGCUCCGGCACCUAUUCCCUAAAUCCCUGCUCUGUAAACCUUCUAGCAGGACAGACGAGUUACUUUUUCCCCCACGUUCCUCACCCUUCAAUGACUUCUCAAAGCAGCACUUCAAUGACGGCCAGGGCAGCCUCCUCCUCCACGUCGCCACAGGCGCCCUCCACUCUCCCCUGUGAGUCCUUAAGACCUUCUUUGCCAAGUUUCACAACGGGACUUUCCGGAGGACUUUCUGAUUAUUUCACACAUCAAAAUCAGGGGUCUUCUUCAAACCCUUUAAUACAUUAACAUCCAUGGGAUCAGACUGUAAGUGAACAUUUUACACACAUUUGCAUUGUAAAUGAUAAUUAAAAGAAAAAAAAAAAAGCAAAACAAAAAAGUCCAGGUAUUUUUUAUUAAGUCCCCCAUUUUCUGUACGUUUGUUCAGUCUUUAGGGUUGUUUAUUAUUCCACCAAGGUGAGGAGUGUCAGCAAGGUGCAAUGUGGGGAGAUUACAUUGUAGACUAUGAAGUUUGGAAGACAAAAUUAUAGUAGAAUGUGUAUCUAAAUAGUGACUGCUUUCGCAAUUUUUCUUCAAAUACGAUAAGUCUAUCACUAAAAGCCGCCAGAUUCUCCAUGUUUGCAGUAUUAUAAGUUAUCAUGGGUAUGUCGGUGGGUGCAGACCUUGAAAAAAUAAAAAGCCACUAAAUUUAUGAAACCUACAAAAAAAAUCUUAAAACGUAAUUUGUAUUUAACCAGAAUUUCAUCCUGAAAGAUGCCCAAGAACUACGUUUUGGCCAUUUAAUAUUUUAUCCCUUUCUUUACCGAACUGCUUAUUUUUGGGCUUUCUUUUAUUUCUUUCUAUUUUUUUUCUGUUUGUUUGUUUGUUUACUUUUAGACCAAAGAUUGGGUUUUAGAAAAUGCACUCAGUGUACGGAGUAAUUUAAAAACAGCAACAUUAUUUCAGUUUGCAGCACUGCCCGUUCAAAUGAAUCAGAAGGGGACAAAAUUAAUGAUUGCCUUCAGUUUGUGUUGUGUAUAUUUUGAUGUAUGUGGUCACUAACAGGUCACCUUUAUUUUUUUUCUAAAUGUAGUGAAAUGUUAAUACCUAUUGUACUUAUAGGUAAACCUUGCAAAUAUGUAACCUGUGUUGCGCAAAUGCCGCAUAAAUUUGAGUGAUUGUUAAUGUCGUCUUAAAAUUUCUUGAUUGUGAUACUGUGGUCAUAUGCCCGUGUUUGUCACUUACAAAAAUGUUUACUAUGAACACACAGAAAUAAAAAAAAAUAGGCUAAAUUCAUAUAUACUUGAUAGUUUUUUUGUCUUUUUUAUUAACUAAAAUUAAUACGCCUGAGGCUUUAAAGUUGUAGGGAGAUCAGAGCGCUGCUUGUUACAGUAGUCCACCAUUUUUCACAUGCUCAUCCCCCUCCUCCCCCCCGAUCACUUUGUAUUUUACCACGGUAUUUUGGAAUAUAAAGGAGCAGGGAAUUAGGGUAUUUAAUUAAACACCACGGCCACUACUGUGAUGUCCGUUUCGGGGCAGGACUCUCAUCAGGUCUGCCUGAGAACUGGUAUUACGAUGUAGGGUGUCUUGCUAAAAACUCUGUCUUAAGCUGAAAAUGCUUAAAAUUGCGUAUGUAUAUAGUUACAUACAUAUAUAUACGUACAUGCAUACGUGAGUAUAUAUACACACGUUCGGAAAAAGUACAGGUACUUUAUUUAUUUCCUAAGUGCAUGUUGUUCUUUCAAUCUUUGCAAUGGUUUGAAUGGGUUACCCAUCUGAAAAGGAAAUCGUUUGGACUGUAUGAUAACUGAAGCUCUAUUAACUAUGGAUGUGUAUGUGUGUGUAUAUACAUAUACAUAUUAGCUUUCCUAUAAUUAUUUGGUCAAAUCUGGCAAGCUAUGAUACGUAUGUGUAUUAAAUGCAAUCCUUAUCUUAAAGAUA